UUUGAGCUCGCAUGUGAAACAUAGCUGCAGAAACAUAUGGCUGCAUCCUUAUGUUGUGUUUCUUACUGAAAUAAAAGCGCCAUAAACGCUUUAAUCAUCAAUCUUUUAUGCAUUCUUCCAUCUAUUACUCUGCGCUGAGACUCCAGUCAGACCAAACUAGUCGAUCGCCUACACUGCGCUCACUGACAGGACUGUAAACAGAGCAGAAGCGUUUCAGUCGAGGAAAAGAAAAGUGAUUUUUCUCUUAUCAGCGUCCUGUUUGCUGUGGCAGUCCUCUUUAUCAUCUAAUCCCUGAUCCUGACCUGGUCUUCGCUGCUCUGUUUGUAGUUGACAGGAUGGAGUGUCACCCUUGGCCUAAAGGGAAGAAACUGGUUCAUCUGGACUUGAAAGGUGCCCCCCCAAGAGUGGGAUACUUCCAGCAGCUAAUCGAGUUCUUCUCUCAGCUGGGAGUGGAUGGCCUGCUGGUGGAGUAUGAGGACAUGUUCCCUUAUGGAGGGGAGCUGAAAGUGCUGCAGUCGACAGCUCAGCCAGCUUACAGCCGAGAGGAAGUACUAUCUCUGCAGGAGUUUGCCAAGUCUAAGGGCAUAGAGAUCAUCCCACUAGUGCAGACGUUUGGUCACAUGGAGUUUGUGUUAAAGCACCGGCCUAUGUGGGGCCUGAGAGAGGCGCCGUACUGUGUGGGCACGCUGAACCCUCACAAGGACGAGGGAGUGAAGUUAGUGAUGGAGAUGCUGAGGCAGGUGGUGGAGCUGCAUCCAGGCCUGAAAACUCUACACAUCGGAGCAGACGAGGUGUACAUUCUUGGUGAGGGGGAGGAGUCCAAGCUGUGGUUGGCCACACCAGGACGUACUGUGGAGCAGCUUUUCCUGAGUCAUGUGACAAAGGUGGCCAAAGCCAUCAAGAAGGCGUGGCCACACAUGACCAUCAUAAUGUGGGACGAUAUGAUGAGAGGCAUGAAUCAGGAAAUACUGAAAGAAAGCGGACUAGUGGGACUCGUCCAGCCCAUGUUGUGGGACUACACUCCUAAUCUGGAUGUUGACAAAACUGUGUCUCUGCUGGAGAAGUACUGCAGUGCUGGCAUGUCAGACCUGUGGACGGCCAGCUCCUUCAAAGGCUCCACCAGUGUUUACACCUGUGUUCCCAGCACACAGAGGCACGUCGAUAAUCAUCUACAGUGGCUGAGGGUGGCUGCGUCCUUAUCUGCUGGUGUAAACCUGCGGGGUAUCGCCUUAACUGGCUGGCAAAGGUAUGACCAUCUGUCCGUGCUGUGUGAGCUGAUGCCUGUGGCGCUUCCAUCACUAGCAGCCUGUCUCCACACGCUCAGCUGUGGUCAGUUCAAUGUUGAGGAUCAAAUCAAGGUGUCUGAAAGACUUGGGAUUUCCUCAGUGGAGGUGGAGGCCAUGGACAGGACUUCUGCAGACAAUACACUCUUCCCAGGACAGAAACUUGCGGAGUUAAUUGUGGACCUUAAUUCGCUCCUCAACUCAGAUAACAUCAGGUUUUUUGAAAAUGACAUGUUUGUAAGAGGAUGGUUCAGCCCCUACCAUCAACGGAGGAAGAUGGUCACCCCCCUCAUCACCAUGCAGAUUCACAGCCAAGCAUCGACGUAUUUGACUUCAUUACAACAGAAAGUGGAUGCUGUGAAGGAGGAGAUGGUUCAACUUUACCCAGAAUCAACAGUCCAAGAGUGGAUAGAGGAGCAUGUGAACCCGGUAAUGGCUCCUCUACAGAGGAUAACUGAGGAGAUCAGAGCCUGCGUGAAGGAGAUGGUGCCAUGA